AAUAUUUGGAAUGAUCGAUCAGCGUUGACGGAAUUGAAAGGUCCUGUACAAGUGGUUCAUCAAUUUGUGAAAAUGCCGGGACAAAUGGCGGAAUUCUUUAACCAUACCACAAAUCAAAUGGAAACGGUAACGGCAUGUUAUCCAGCAAUGGGUUACAGUUUCGCAGCAGGAACAACCGACGGUCCAGGUUCAUUUUCUUUCGCCCAAGGCACGACAACAACAAAUCCCAUGUGGAACGCCGUACGUAAUUUCGUAGCUGCACCUACGGAGGAGGAUAUAAAGUGUCAUGGUGCUAAGCCAAUACUUCUUGCAACUGGGAGGAUGCGGUUACCGUAUCAGUGGCAGCCACAGACUGUUUCCACUCACCUGGCGAUGAUAGGCGACUUGGUGAUAGUUGGUGUUCCAGGUGAGUUUACUACCAUGUCCGGCAGGAGAAUGAGAGAAACUAUAGCAUCUACCGUUGAAGAGAUCACUAAGGCGCGGCCAACUGUUGUCAUUGCUGGACUUUGUAAUACUUACAGCGAUUACAUCGCAACUCCCGAAGAAUAUGAGAAAAAAAGAGUAGACCCUGGUCCAUUUCCGAGAGAUCUCACCUCAGAAAAUCUCAUAACCCUGCAAACUCCAGUGGUGUAUGAUACAGCAAAAUGGGGAAAACACUACGGUGAUUGUAUCAAACAGCCGGAUAAAAUAGUUAAUCCUGGUGAAACUGUGUCUGCCAUUUUUGUUUCAGGACAUCCAAGAAACAAUUUAAUGACUGGUCGCACUUUUUUGACCGUUGAGAGACUGGAGAACAAUACUUGGAUUGAAGUUGCGACAGAUGCUGAUUGGGAAACAAAAGUGUGUAGAUGUAUAAAAGAAGGAUCGAUGUCAAAGGAUAUUGUUGUUAGUAUACCAGUGACUUCACAUAAGGGUUAUCAUGAAUAUGAUUUUCCUGUAAAUGAUCGCUAUAAACCGCUACCAAUACUCUAUUUUGCGAUAGCCUUUAGUGAUGAACCAAUGAUAGACUAUUUGUUAAGUUUCCACCCAACGAUAGAAAAAAUACAACCAGCGUUGCUGUUUGCUAUAAAAUGCAAAGAACUAAAAGGUGUCAAAAAAUUAUUAGCUGCUGGAGGAAAUAUCAACGACCCAAUACUAUUUUCGACAGCUGUUUAUAGUAAUAGUACUGAGAUAGCAAAAUUUUUUAUCAAUCACGGAGCUCCAGUUGAUUCUAAACUAUGUUUUGAAGGAUGUUUGCCGUUAGUAAGAGCUGCUGUGCAUGAUAAUGUUGAAAUAAUGAAAAUCCUGAUUGAUAAUGGGGCUGACGUCAACAUCCUAUCUUCGAUAGACGGUAAAAAUUCUCCAUAG